GGGCGGGCUGCGCCUUCCUGCGAUGGCCCCCCUCGAUCAUGGGUGUCCCGCCGGCAGAGGCCGCGGCCGCGGCGCACUCUUAACCCGCAGGAGGGCGAUGGACGACAUGGCCAGGCACCCCCGGGCCACCCCGCGUCGAGAAAAGUCGCGGAGUUGGUCAAUGAAAACGAUAAGAAGAACGAUAACAAGAACAUUUUGCGAAGUCUCCUGGAGAAGGGGGUGCACUCCUGGAGAACAUUUUGCAAGAAGAGCGUACUCCUGGAGAAGGGGGUGAUGGAAGCACAACUGUCGCGGCUUCGAGAGAUAGAGCAGAUCGUGAUAGGUUGGGCGCAUGCGCCCCCAGGCGCCAGAUUGCAGGCCGCGCACGAGGACCAGCGGCCGGCCGCACAUUGCCCGG